CCUCUCGUUCUUCGCGAUUCUCAUCUCUUCCUCCCCAUCAUCUUCUAUAUCUUCCCCCUAUAAUUCCCUCCGUCUAACGAUCUCCACUCCCUUCCCAUUCUCCCUCUUUACCCUCCUACGCUUCCCCUCUACCAUCACCACCAACAAGAAAGCGCCCUCAAAUGGCGUCCCGCUACGAACUGGAGGUGACUGUGUCGUCUGCCAAGGACCUUAAGAACGUGAACUGGCGCCACGGCCCGACCCGCCCCUACGCCGUCGUCUGGGUCGACCCCAACGACAAGCGCUCCACCAUGGUCGACGACCAGGGCGGCACGUUUCCCUUCUGGGGCCAGGCCUUCGUCAUCUUCUUGUCCCCCGGCCCCAUCGACGUCGCCAACCUCUACAUCGACGUUGUCCACGCCGGCCCCGAGGAGGACACCGAGCCCUUUAUCGGAUCGGCUCGGGUCAGCCUCCGCAACAUCCUCGACGAAGCCGGCCUGGGCGUGCCUCUCGGGCGCGGCCUCCUGCUGAAGCGCCCCUCGGGCCGGCCGCAUGGUAGGAUCGAGGUCGAGGUCUGCGUGAGGGAGACGCGUUUCCGUGCGCCUCCCUACGGGGUCCCGCCGGCGACGAGGGAGUACGCGCCCCCGGUGUUCGGCAUCGGUUGCGCGCCUCCGCAGCCUAACCCGCACUACACCACGGUGCCUCCGGCUGGUGGCUACGCCAACGUGCCGUACGCCGCGUACAACGCGCCGCCGCUGCAGCACAGGUACGGCGGGGAGCCGCCGGCGGCGUACGGCCAGCACAGGCAGGAGGAGGAGGAGAGCAACUUCGAGGGGAUGAGGACCGCACUGGCCGUGGGCGUGGGCGUGGGGGUCGGGGUGGGGCUUGGGGCUGUCGCUGUUCUCGCCCUCGCCGGGUGGUUGGACUCCUCGGACGACAGGAACGUCGAUGAAGCGGCGUAAAGGGUGGAGGAGGAGCUCAGCUAUGACGAGGAUGAUUUGUAGUGAGUCCGGUCUUGUUUUGUUUUCCAUGAAGUUUCGUUUUCUGUUCUAGUUUUCUUUGCGGAUGGCGUCGGAGGGCUGAAAACGGUUCAGAUACCGAACCCAACCAAAACUUUUGGGUAUGGCUCGUCGGUUCAGGUCGGAUUUCGCGUCCCUCCUUUUGUCUCUGUGUUUUUUUAUUUUUUUUUUGGGUGGCCCACAUGUAGUGGUGGUGAAUCAGAACUGAGUUUUCUUUCACCAAUUUUGCCGAAUCAGCAAAAAUACUUGAUUUUUCC